AUGAGCAACGGCAACCGGAGCAGCGGCGGGAGGGGCGCGAGGUUGGAGCUGCAGCUGCACCUGUCGCCGCCUCCGGCCGGAAGGAUGGAGGUGGACGGAGGCCACGGCAGCGACUCGUCGUCGUCCCCGAGCUCGUGCGUGUCGUCGGACGGCAGCCCAGGGAGCAAGUCGCCGAUGGUGAUCGGCGCCUGCACGCGGUGCAUGAUGUACUGCAUGGUGGCCAAGAGGGACUUCCCCACCUGCAUCAACUGCAAGCAGCCCUGCCUCGUGGACCUCCUCCACAGCGCCGGUGCCGGCGCUGGCGGCAGCGGCGGCGCCGCGGGCGACGGCGGCGACAAGAGGCGCGGCAACGGCAAGUGA